ACACUUUGAAGAAUUCAAGUGAAAGGAUCCCAACCCCAUCCCCUCAGGCCUCCCUCCAGUCCUACCUGUUUUGGUCAAUAGUUGAACUACAAAUUGCUGCUCUAUUGACCACGUAUCAUUCCAAGACAGAGGUAUGUGAGCGAAGGUGGAGAGAGGCUGGACAGCAGAAAGUGACAGUACAGGUUUAAGUGGUCUGCGACCCCACCCAGCUUCAGCCAUAAAAGCAGGCAGAGUCUGCAGUCAGACACUCAGAAGGACUUGGCCCUUUGGAAGCUUGCACAUCUUCAGUUCUCUGCUCAGAAUCCACAACCUCUACCACUGCAACCAUGAUGAUGAGGAAGGCAUACUCAGUCAGCAGCUCUAGUGGCAGCAACAGGAAUUCCUUUGCAGGACCAGGAAGCAGCUACUCCGUUAAAAGAACCAGCUUUGGUGGUGCUUCUGGUCUUGGUUCUGGUAUGUCUUUUUCUAGUGGAAGCUCAGCUGGCUACGAACUUUCCUCUGGCCAAGCAGGAGGCAGUUACAUCGCUCCAUCGAUCACAGCUGUCCAGGUAAACAAGAGCCUGCUGGCUCCUCUCAACCUGGAGAUUGACCCCACCAUCAAUGUCGUCCGCAACCAGGAGAAGGAUCAGAUCAAGACCCUCAACAACCGCUUUGCCUCCUUCAUCGACAAGGUCCGUUUCCUGGAGCAGCAGAACAAGAUGCUUGAGACCAAAUGGAGCCUCCUGCAGGACCAGACCACCACCCGCUCCAACAUCGAUGGCAUGUUUGAGGCCUACAUCGCCAACCUGCGCAGACAGCUCGAGGGGCUCGGCAAUGAGAAGGCCAAGCUGGAGGGAGAGCAGAGGAACAUGCAGGGUGUGGUUGAGGACUUUAGGAGGAAGUAUGAAGAUGAAAUCAACAAGCGUGCAUCUGCUGAGAAUGAAUUUGUUCUGAUGAAGAAGGACGUCGAUGCUGCCUACAUUCUCAAGGUAGAGCUGGAGGCAAGAGUUGAUGCUCUUCAGGAUGAGAUCAACUUCCUCAGAGCCGUCUAUGAUGCUGAGCUUCGUGAGCUGCAAAGCCAGAUCAAGGACACCUCCGUCAUCGUGGAGAUGGACAACAGCCGUAACUUGGACAUGGAUUCUAUUGUGGCUGAAGUGCGCGCUCAGUAUGAGGACAUCGCCAACAAGAGCAAGGCUGAUGCAGAGGGCUGGUACAAACAGAAGUAUGAGGAGAUGCAGUCCUCUGCUGGUCAGUACGGGGAUGACCUGCGCACAACCAAGGUUGAGAUGGCUGAGCUGAACCGCAUGAUCGCCCGCCUUCAGAAUGAGAUUGAUGCUGUCAAGGGACAGAGAGCCAACCUUGAGGCUCAGAUCGCAGACGCUGAGGGGCGCGGUGAGCUGGCAGUGAAAGAUGCCAAGCUCCGCAUCAGGGACUUGGAAGCUGCUCUGCAGAGAGCCAAGCAAGACAUGGCCCGCCAGGUACGUGAAUACCAGGAACUGAUGAACGUCAAGCUGGCCCUGGACAUUGAAAUCGCCACCUACAGGAAGCUGCUGGAAGGAGAGGAGAGCAGAUUGGCCAGUGGAGGAUCCAAAGCCACCAUCCAUGUGCAGCAGAGCUCUGGAGGAUACGCAAACACCAGCUCCAGUGGUGGAUUUGGAUAUGGCGGUGGUUAUGGUGGUGUUGGUGGCUCCGUUACCAAGUCCUCAGUCUCAACAACCAGUGCCAGGAGAGCUUAUUAAAAAGGAGAUCUGAUCUUUUCUGUUCUGUUCUUAUGGUGCUGCAAAUAAAACACAGAAAUCCAAACCAAA